AUGGACUUCACCUUCUCCUGUCGCCGAGAAUCCUGGCCGCCGACUCAGCUCCGCCUGUCGCCCGCCAUGUCCAUCAAGAAGAGGUCCGGCUUCGAGCCCCGCGAGCCCCGGCCGCUGCUCGAGGACAUUGACGACAACCCGCUCACCUACUUCCUCACCCCCAUCCCCGCGGACGACGACGACGUCGACGAGAUGGACCUGGACGUCGACAUGAUGGACUUUGACGCCGGCAUCGAGGACGCCAGCCAGCCCCGCGAGGCCGUCCGCAGCGUCAGCCCUUCCUCGCUCGAGGGCCUCCGCAAGCCCGACUGCGCCUUGCGGCGUCCGGCGUCGCCCGAGUACGACUCGGACGCGCUCACCACCGACGACGACGACGACGAGGACUACAUUCGUUUCUCGCCCUCGUCGCCGUCGUCCUUUAUGCUCUCUCCCCUGCGCGACCUCGCCGUCGAGGGCCUCCGCUUCCGCGCAAAGAGCCCCAUGUUCGGCCUCUCCAACAACACCUUUCUCUACCCGCAGGGAGGCUCCAUGUCCGUCCCCGCGCCGUCGACGCCGUCGUCGUCGGGUCAUCACAGCAGGGGCCGAGGCCGCACCAACAGCCGUGGACCGACGCGCCAGCAGACGAGGAGCCUGUCUGCUCGCGUCAUGCGGGACAAUCACCUGUGGCGGGAGCCCAGCCCCGACGUGUGGUCCAUUGAAGAAGAGACCGAGGAGGAGCUCAUGAGCGACGCGGGGGUGGAUGUCAAGGCUGCGAAACCGAAGAAGAAGGUUCGUUUCGUGCUUCCCGAGAAGCAGGAGUGA